UAUGGACGGCCCCUAAGUUGAUCAAUCGUUAAAUGCAUUUUUUGUUAUCACGGUUGCCGAGCGCAAAACGCCAAGCAGUCAGCAACAAACAUCACUAUUAACGUAGGUUAUAACAAGCGUCAUCGUCGAGAAUGUAACUAAUUUAGCAGACGAUAUACCUCAACAUAUCUGCCCCUGCACGUAAAUAAAUAACAGUACGCAUUUGUUUUUUUCCGAUUAGAGCAGCGUUCUUCACAAAUUUUAACUUUCGCCAGUGUAAAGCUUUCGUGACUGCAAUGAUUCAUCUUCUUUGGUGACUUUACCGAAAGAACCAAAGAAGAUUUCGCCAGUGUGUGUGACCGCCACAUAUUUGAAACCAUUGGGUUGGGUUUAACAGCAGCACUAUGACGACACAUGUCAACCCAUACGGUUUACCCGUGUUCUUGUACAGGGAAAUUUAGUUUCCAGGUCCAUACGGCAUACAGCCGUUGUGAUGGGACUUUGUCGGAUGAACGCUGAGAUUUAUAAGGGGCACGGGUGACCAGUAAGGUCUGAAUUGCUCUGUAAUAAGGUAGGCACUGGUAAGGGGUUUACAGGUAUGUGGUGAUGGCGGAGGAGGGUUUUACUAUUUGUGCAUUGUCAGGGGCCGCAGAUUCGUGGGCCCGCGGCCCUUGCAACGAAGCAACACAGCCGUCGAGUAACCCCGUUGCUCUAUCCGCCACGUGGUGGUGCCUUUAAAUCCGCGCGCCACAUGCACAGCCACGCCCCCACCCCCACGUGGUUGUUUGCCCCGAACGCGCCGCCAUCUUGCUAAGGGAGGGGGGGAGUGUAGUCGCGCGUACGUCAUCAACGCCCAUCUGCACCCAACAUGGCCGCACUCGGCGUGACGUCACCGGGGGGGGGGGUCUGGUACCGGAAGCGAGUCCGAGACCAGGUGACAGUGACACCCCGCAGGAGCGCCGCAGCCGGACUGGAGUCCAACACACGCCUGGCGAGACUCCACCACACGCCGAGACUCCCAACACGCCUGGCGAGACUCCACCACACGCCUGGCGAGACUCCACCACACGCCAGGCGAGACUCCACCACACGCCAGGCGAGACUCCACCACACGCCAGGCGAGACUCCCAACACGCCUGGCGAGACUCCACCACACGCCAGGCGAGACUCCACCACACGCCAGGCGAGACUCCACCACACGCCAGGCGAGACUCCACCACACGCCAGGCGAGACUCCACCACACGCCAGGCGAGACUCCCAACACGCCGAGACUCCCAACACGCCAGGCGAGACUCCACCACACGCCAGGCGAGACUCCACCACACGCCAGGCGAGACUCCACCACACGCCUGGCGAGACUCCACCACACGCCAGGCGAGACUCCACCACACGCCAGGCGAGACUCCACCACACGCCAGGCGAGACUCCACCACUCGCUAGGCGAGACUCCACCACACGCCUGGCGAGACUCCACCACACGCCAGGCGAGAAUCCACCACACGCCUGGCGAGACUCCACCACACGCCGAGACUCUCAACACGCCGAGACUCUACGAGACCAGGUGACACCCCUCAGGAGCGCCGCAACACGCGAGGCGAGACUCUCCGAGACCAGGGACCCUCCUGCAGCCAAACUCCCGGCCGGACUCCCCCCCCCCCCCCCCCCCCCCGGAUACUUCUACCCCAGCCGGUGAGACCCCAGUACCAGGGACCCCAAAUAGUGAGACCCCACUACGCGGGACCCCAGCGAGUGACACCCCAGUACCCCAAGACCCCAGUUGGCGGGGUUCUCAGAUAGUGAGACCCCCGUUGCCCCGGGAACCCAACCAGACCACCCCCCACGGCGCCAGCAGCGCGCAGGAGGAUGGCGGCGGUGGCGGUGGCUGGGCCGGACCCGCGGGCGGACUUCCCCGCGUGGCUCUCGGCCCACGGCAUGAAGCUGCCGUUCGCCCAGGCCAUGGAGCGGGAGCUGGGGAUCGGGGACUACGAGGAUCUGCUGGCGUGCGCCGAGGACGCCCAGGUCACCCUGGAGCUGCUGGCCACGGCGCGCCAGCGCCUGCCCUUCGCCCUCUACGCCGCCCUGCGCCGAGUCGUCAAGGCGGCCGGGGGCAGCCAGGGGCCCCGGGGGCCCGAGUGGCCGCCGCACGAGGGCGCCGAGCAGCCCGGCCUGGCCGCGCUGCUCGACGCCAUCGUGGCCACGCUGCAGACGCUGGGCCAGGAGCUGCUGCAGUCUGCGCUCAGGUUCAGCGGCCUCAAGCACGCGCUGGAAGAUGGAGCAGCAGCAGGAGGAGGAGGAGGAAGCGAGGAGGAGGCGGCGGUGGGCAGUCCCGAGGCCAGGAGAGGAGAGGACGGUGGCACCGUAUUGCUGUGGCCAUCGGAUGAUGCUGCGUUUGUGGAGGACGACGACGAGGAGGAGGAGGAGGAGAAGCGAGGGUUGCGUGUGUGUAAGACUGAAGUGGUGGACAGCAUGCAGGACGCGGAGUGCAGCGAGCUGGAGGACAUCACGGCCGAGGAGGUCCACGCGGAGGGCCUGGGCUGCUCCGCAGCGCGUGAUGGAAACAGCAUCUACAUCGCAGGGGGCACGUGGGCACACAGCAAGCCGGAGCCCCCCAACCACACCUACGCAGACGCGGUGAGUGACGAGGAACUGGAGACGCAGCCGCCGGCGUCCCCUUGGCAAGAGCCACCGCCCCCAUACCUGAAGAUGAGUCCAGAUGGUGGCGUCACUCUAAACUACCAGUACCCAGUCGAGCCGUACGAGAUGGAUGGCCGUGGUCCCCCGCCCCACUGCUAUCAGCCCUACCAGCAGCACCAUCAGCAGGCCCCGCAAGGGCUGCUCGGCCACCCGCCGCACCAGCUGUCGCCCAUCCCCGCGCAGCGCGUGCGCGACUGCGAGGUGUGCGGCAAGAACCGUCGCGUGCCGGGCGGGCGCAAGCGCACGCGACACUGGUGCCCGGGCUGCAACGUCGGCGUACACGAGGGCUGCUUCCCCAAGCUCGUGCACUUCCACAGGGAGAACCGGCGCGGGCGCAGGCCCCAGCACAACUACGAAUUCCCGCCAUCGUCAAUGGCCGCUGCCGUGCAGUGAGUGCCGCGUAAUUCCCGGCGUCCCGCGCGCAGACAGCACCCCUCGGCCAGCGCCAGGUGACACGCCAGGGAUGCUGGCGCUGGUUGCCUGCAGACGCUGGCGGUGACGGCGUCGCCGGCGAGUGACGUUCCUGGAUGGCUUGGUGCUGGAGGUGGCGGUUUCGGCAGACUGUUGCUGCUGGCGCUGGCUGGGGUGGCGACUGGCGUUACCGAUAGCGUCAAUGCUGCCGGUGCUGCUCGCGCUGGUGCUGCCGGCGUUAACACGGACACUGUUUGCACUCGCGGGGGAUCGAUCUCUGCUGCCCGCAUUCUGCAGCGCCGAUCGCCGCAAGACAAUCAUCGGAUUUUCGUGCAAAAGAUGGGAACUUGUAAUGCGCUGAGGCCGGAGCCUCCUGUGGUCACCCAGCUCAAGCUGCCACACGAGUCUCCUGGGCGAGAGGGAGGGGCUGGGAGCCCAGAGGGGGAACGGGUGCCCUGGUAGGCCUCGGCAAGGUAAAGUAAUUUACACUUUUUACAGGGUGAAAGGGUAAAGGUGUCGACCAUGCCAAGGGGUAAGGUAAAAGGUAGAGUAAAGGUAGGCUCGUUGUUUUAACCUUUUGCCUUACCUUGCCGAGGCCUAGCCCUGGUGAGUGGGGGGGGGUACCCUGCCAUUCAUGGUGAGCCAACCGUGGUGGUUGUAGUUGGUACUGGCGCUUAUAAGGGUUAGGGCUGUUAGUGCCUGAGCUGUCUGCUGGGUUAUACCCUACCCCCCCCCCCCCCCAAGCUGCAUAAGAGUAAUAAGGUUUAAUAUCAGGUCAGGUGUGGGGGAUGGGUCAGGCCUUUUUUUAAAA